GUCAAACUACAACUUCUCUUUGCAGUUCCGCUCCCCUGCCAUUUAUGCCUUCCCCCAAAAUAUUUAUUUAUGAGUCUUUACCCUAUUCUCCGGAGUAAGCAAAUCACCAAAUCAUGAGGCCCAGAAAGACUGCGUUAGGCUCUGAAACUUUCAAUUGUCUAUUUCAGAUCAAAUACAGAACAUGUUCUUCCUCCUGCUAGUGUUGAACCUAGGAUCACAGCUUCAUCAGGCAGCAGCUUUAUUCACAGUGACAGUCCCGAAGAAAUUGUACACAGUAGACCACGGCAGCAAUGUGACCCUCGAGUGUGAUUUUGACACUAAAGAUUGUACGGAAACUGAAGCCAUAAAAGCCAGUUUUCAAAGGGUGGAGAAUGGUACAUCCUCACCCAGCGAGAGAGCCACUCUGCUGGAGGAGCAGCUGCCCCUGGGGAAGGCUUUGUUCCACAUCCCCCAAGUGCAAGUGAGAGACGCAGGGCAGUACCUCUGCCUGAUCAUCUGCGGGCUCGCCUUGGACUACAAGUACCUGACUGUGGAAGUCAAAGCUUCCUACAAGAAAAUAGAUACUGGCAUCCUCAAGGUCACAGGGACAGAUGAGGUGGAACUCACAUGCCAGGCCAGAGGUUAUCCCCUAGCAGAAGUGUCCUGGUCAAAUGUCAGUGUUCCUGCCAACACCAGCUAUACCAGGACCCCUGAAGGCUUCUACCAAGUCACUAGUGUUCUGCACCUAAAGCCACAGCCUGGCAGAAACUUCAGCUGCAUAUUCUGGAAUGCUAAGAUGAAAGAACUUACUUCAGCCAUCAUUGACCCUCAAGGUCAGAUGAAACCCAGCAUCCCUACUACUUCUCUGCUGUUCAUUCUCAUCCCUUCCUGCAUCAUUAUUUUAAUUUUUAUAGUCACAAUGAUAGCCAUGAGAAAACUACUCUGCCAAAAGCUGUAUUCUAGAAAAGGUAAGUUUUAUUUACAGUAAUCAAGUGGGCUGGAAAGUCUGCAUGAAAUCCAAUCAAGACAGGGCUUUGAGUUCAUCCUGAUGAUUUUUUUCUCCUACAAAAAAAUAGCUCUAGUCGUCAGUGAGGUAAAUUCCAUACACUGAGCUUUUUAAAGAGAAAGUUUUGUUCCCAUAGCUAACAUGCUAGGCUUUAUUCUUGGAGCUAAAAAUUUUCAUCAGACUGAUGAAGAGUAAUGUCAUUUUGGCAAUGCAGACAGCAAUGUGGUCAGAUACAGGUGAGAGGUGUCCAGGAGUGUUUCUGAAGAUACAUUCAGUUUUAUACCUCUUUUCCCCAUCCUGGGCUUGAGCCAGGUUAAAACUUUCCCCUAUCCCCCAGGAAUCUGAAUCCCCUGUUUGAGUAAAGGAAAAGAGAACCAAUUGUGAGGCUAUUUGAGGCUGGGGAGCCUCAGCAGUUCCCCCUGGCAUGCCUCCUUAACCCAGUGUGUUCUCACCAGCCCACUCCCAUUCUGCUGUACUGGCUGGCACAGGGCAUGCUUGUAGUCUUUAAGCCCUGAACAGAGCAUUUGUUACUCCUGCUUCUGUCCUUAGUGAGUCUGACCUUGGUUUCCUUGGUGUCCUUGUCCUGGCUGCAAAAAUCCCAGGAUGUACACAGGCCUGUCUGGCUAUCCCUUCGUCAGCACCUAGUGAACUUCUCCCAAGAUCUACACUGGCCUUGUCUAUAGAAAAAGAAGUGACAUACGAGAAUGAUUCGAUAGGAAUUUGGGGCAGCACUAGUGCAGGUGGUUGAGCAGGUUUUUAGUGACUGUUAUUCUACAUUUACUUCUGUAUUCUCAUCUGCCAUGAAGAAUAUAAAAACCAUCAUCUAUAUUAUCAUCUAUCAUGCUCUGUUAAUCCAUUCCAUAUUAGCUUGGAUGUGACCAUAAAAACCCUCUACCUAUAGAAUUCAAGAGAAUGAAGAAAGAAAAAAAGUGAGGGAGAAGAAAGAAAAGAGAGGGGAGAGAAAGAAGGACUAAGGGAGGAAGGAGGAGAGGGAAAGAGAGAGGGUGAAGGCAGACAACAAAAGUGGAAGGGAAGGGUGCUUCAUGGCAAAAGAGGAAGAAUUACAGUGUUUGUUCAAUAUAUGUUUGACUUUUAAAUAAAAUCAUUUUACAAAUCUAUGCUCUCAGAGGGCUGUGGCAGAUGCGACUCACUAAAGUCUUACCUUCUGCCUUUCUUCUUUUGGCUCCCACAUACAUAACUCUUGUAAACAAGGUUCCAGGCCUGAGACCUGAGGACCCUUUAGUCACUUCUAUUCAGGCUAUCUUUGGCGGAAUGGAAUAGAGUCACACUCAAAGACAGAGCAUGUUAUUACCUCUGUCUUGAAAAUUACUGAGGAUGUCAGUAGCUCAGAGUUACCGGAAUAUAAGACUCAACUGUGAUUGAGAAAGCUUUGUUACUAGUAAGAGUUAAGUGACUAAAUUUGUUAACAUUCCUUUUUAAUGAACCAGAGGGAAAUCAUGGUUGUCCAUCUAAUAACACCCCUUCCUAUCUAGCUCAUUUGCAUUCAGAUCUGCUUUCUUGUGUGGAAGAUACAUGGAUACAUGAAGAAAUGUGUCUGCCAUGCACACAACCUUGAGUGCCAUGGAUUAGAGCAAAGAACUGUAGGUUCUGUGGACAGAUUUUCUAACCAGAGUCAGAAAGCUAGGCGGAUCUGGCACUGCCAUUUAUUGGCCCUACAACCUUAAACAAAUCACUCAACUUUGAGAUGGUCUUUCUUUUAUUUAUUUAUUUUUCUUUUGGUAUUGGAGAUUGCACCCAAGGAUGCUCUAUCACUGAGCUACAUCCCUCACCCUUUUUUUUAAAUGCUUUUAUUAGUACAUUAUAGUUAUAAAUAAUAACUGGGUUCCCUUUGACAUAAUCAUAUGCAUGGAAUUUAAUUUGCCCCAUUUUAGUUCCCAAUGUUUUCUCUUUCCCUCCUCUUCCCCUCUCUCUUAUUCCCUUUCCUCUACUCUAUUGGUCUUCCUUUUAUUUUUAAUUUAUUUAUUUUCAACUUGGUGCUUUAUAAACAUAAAGUUGUAAUUCACGGUGACAUAUAUAUCCAUAGUGUAAUUUUGUUAAAUUUGUUCCGCAAUUCCCAGUCAGUUAUUUAUUUACUUACUUACUUUUACUUUUUAAAUAUUUAUUUAUUUAUUUAAGACAGGGGCUUGCUAAGUUGCCCAGGCUGACCUGCAACUGGCAAUCUUCCUUCCUCAGCCUCCCAAAUCAUUGUGAUUAAAAGUGCACUCCACCACGACUAGCUUGAGAUGGUCUCUCUACGUGUAAAUGGGAAGCAGCAAAAGAAGGAACGUUUAUAGCUUUUUAACACAACCUCACUGCCACAUAUGUGUUCAACCUGGACCACAGCAGAAUUCUCCUAACUGAUCUCCAUGCAUCUAAUUCUGACACCUCCUUAAUGAUCUGUUCUUCCUUUCUAGAUGAGAAUAGGCUAGAAUAGGCUUUAAUAAAAGUCUACCAUUCUCCUUUGCUCAACCUCUUCAAUGACUUCUCUUUGCUCACUGGAUGAAGUCCCAAUGAGCCCUGGGCAUCUAACUCAUAUCUCCAGCUUUGACUAUAGCACUAUCACCCACCCUUCUUACCCAAGCUCUCACCAUAGAGGAUUUUCUAGUCCCCAGAGGCACCCCACUGUCAAUUCUGAACUUUCUUUUAUGAUGUCCUCUGUUCUUAAAAUGCCUUCUUCUUGUCAGCUCAGUUAUAAUCAUCCUUUAAAUUUCAGCUGUCAUUUCAUCAGUCUCCCAAUUCUACCCCCUUGCCACACCUAUUAAAUCCUCUUGUUGUAUGCUUCCACAGCACUGACUUCUUCUUUCAAUACACUCAGCACAGAAGUAAAUGUCUAGAACCUGCUUUUAAUAGCUUUGGCUACAAAUGCAUUGCAUUCUUUUUAGUUUUCUAAUUAAUCCCUCAAGCACCCACUUGCUCUUCUUAGCAAGAAGAUCAAUGUCUCACCCCACACAUACAGUAUGCAUUUCUCCACCUCCCACAAACUAUCAGGAAGCCUUCUCAGUUUACAGGGCCAGUGCUCUUUCCAAAGAGGCAGAAAGCCUACUGGAGAGCUAGGUCAGUCCACCAGAGAACCCUAAUUUUGUGCUGUUUCUGACUCUACUCUUGCUGUACAGAAUUUUUGUUCUCUUCUGAUGUCUCCUUCCACUGCAAAAAGGUACCCUUGCAGGUCUAGAUUCCCAUGCAGACAUGAUGAUACCAGAUUACAAUUUCUAUGGCUCACCCUCAUAUGCUUUACCAUUGGUCCCAAAGCAAGACCCUCAUGGGCUAGAGAGGCAGGGGAGGCUUCCUACCUUAACCAUAGCUGUGCACAGCCAGCCUCUUCCACACUUGUCGUGUUGAACAUGAGACACUUGUCCUCACUUCCUUCUCUUGAGUUCCUCUUAGGGCCAUUGUUGUCCUAAACUUAUUAAUCCUUUGAAGACUAAAGUUGAUAGGUAGUAGUCUCAGUUUCUUUCUUUCUAGAAGGCUCCUUGGCUCUUAAACAGAUUUAGCUAUCCAUGCCUCACCACCAACUCUGCACACUAAAGUGGAUUGUUG